CUAUAAUAGCAAAAAGCUCCUCCCAGCAGUGCACGCGUGAAGCUCGGCGGCGGCCGGCACGGUGCAUCCUCCGCUCUUGCCUCACCUCCCGGUCCAUCCUCGCUGCUCACGCGUGCCUCACCUCGACAGCAGCCUUCCCUCGCGACAGGGUGAGCACCCUUCCCCCACCUCGCUGCUUCUGACCCGCGAGCCGCGCUGAGGAGAUCUCGAGGUGCCCUCCUCCGCCUCGGCGGGCUCGCCUGCCUUGCGGGUCGCGGUCGCGUCGCGGAUGGACCUUCUGACUUGUCCGGUUCUCCCCGCCCCUGCGUGCGCUGCGAGCUCGGCUGCGUGCCUUCGUGAGAGGGGGUGCGAACGGCCAGAUGGGGAUCUAAUCAGACAAGCGAACGAGGACGGGAACGGGCACGGGGGUGCCGCGCCCGCGAUAUCCGUCGUCCCCGGCGAGGCGGCGACACUGCUGCUGUAGAUCAGUUUCCUCUUGCAAUAUAACAAAGUUCAAUCCUGGUAGAUGCACGAAAAGACACUCCGCAGAGGAAAUUUACCAUGAAACUCAAACCCGAACAGCCUCCAUGUAUCCUCACAGCAAGAAAGAUAUCUAGAUUUCAUAUAUUCAGCAAUUUCAUCGAUACCAUCAGAGCUAGUCUUUUCUUGAUCUACUGUACCGUCACCCUUUGUAGAUUCUGAAGCAGAUGACUCACGAUUCUUGAACCUCAUUCUAUGCACAGUCAAAUCCUUUGUUGACAUACUUAAUAGACACUUGAUCAGAUAGGUUUGGUUACAGGCCUCAACAUCAAUAUGUGCCUGGCAUUUCUUGAGCACAGUGCACAGAUAGACUAUGUGGCACAACCCAUAGACUAUCUACUUGUACAUUCCCUUUCCAGGCAAGAAUACCAUUUUUCUGCGCCUGUAUAGUGGGUAGCCAGCUUCGUAAAAAAAAAACUGUUUCAGAUCUAAAUGACUUAGGCCUUUUAAACAAUAGCCAUCUCUCGUGCAAGGACUAUUUGGAUUAGCUGAACCACACGGGUCUUGUAUCAUAAACUCUUCAACCAGGAAGAAUCCUAACGGAUCAGCACUAGGAUCAGGUAACUCAGCAGAUAUAUAUCUAUCAACGUUAAGAUUCGAUUUGCUGGUCAGCGAGUCAAAAUGGCUCGCCCAGCUGGACCAGCUCAUGUGGAACCAUGCCUAGGAGCUCUCCAGCUGAGAACCGUUGGCCAAAUAAAUCCUUUUGUUGGGUGUGGAUCAGCUCAUGUGGAACCAUGCCUACCUUGCCUGCUCACUUGUGAAAGACGAAUGUUCCCCCAGUGCAUAUUUGCAUUGCAUUCUAUAUUCGCAUUGCAUUGCUUUAUUUAAUUUGCCGGUCUUGCAUGCACCGUAUACAUAUACAUAUCAUUCUGUUCACCUGUUCUUCUUUGAAUUAGUGAUAUAUAUAUAUAUAUAAUGUUUUGUCAAGUGUGCUUAUGAUGUAUGGUUUAUCUGCUGUAGAUGUCUCACAACAACUUAGAAUUGGUUAGAAGAAAUUUGGAGGAAAUGAGAGAGAGGCGUAGGAAGAAGAGGCUGAGAGUAGCAUCCUUAUUUGUUGCAACUGUCAUGGGCAUGAUUGCGGAAUAUUAUUAUCGGAAAAGACCUAGACAUCUUAUGGAUCCCUCUGAGGUGAUAGAGAGAGAUGUAGCUGGUCGGAAACAAAUGCUAAGGAAUCUGUAUCAAGGAUCAAAUGUUUAUUGCUAUGACAGUUUGCGUCUAACUAAGAGAUCCUUUUCGGACCUAUGCACUAUCUUACGUGAGAGGUGCGAUAUGUGUGACACCUUGAAUGUGUCGGUAGAAGAAAAGGUUGCUAUCUUUUUGCUUGUAGUGGGUCAUGGCACUAAGAUGAGGAUGAUUCGUAGCUCAUACGGGUGGUCACUUGAAUCAAUUAGACGCUAUUUUAAUGAGGUGUUGAGAGGUGUUCUAUCAUUAUGCCAUGAAUUUAUCAAGCUUCCUGAUCCACACUAUCAUCAAUGGUAUGCUACAAACAAGUGGCUUUGGUUGGGAUUGGAACAAGAACAAGAUAUCCGUCGAUAGUGAUUCUGUAUGGGAGGCUUAUGUGGCGGAUAAGGACUUAAGGAGGCGUCGCUCGGUGCAAAGAAUCCAUGGCAUGGGGAGGUCUGUUCUUGUGCAUGGGCCGCCCCACGCAGGAGCAACAGAAGUCCUGCCUUGCAGCCGCUGGUGGCUUCAACUACGACACAGCUCUCCAAGGCGCCACACGCCCAAAGUCAGUGUCUACCUUGACCUCUGACGAAGCUGGUGGCGAAAUAGGUGACAAGGAUCUUACCGAGCGUGGAUUCUUUGUGAACCGAUCGCGUGUUCUGGUCGGCUCAGGUUCUGACGCCUUUGUCCAUGCCAAAUCUGCCCUCCUCUCAUGGAGGCACUUGGCUUUAGGGUGGGCGAACGUGGAACCGGACACCCCGGUGAAGGUAGGUACAAGGUUCUGCAUCUGCUACAAGGAGUUGAUCCCCUGGGUGACGCUGCCGCUUCAGAUAGCGUAUGUGACCGACGUCGAUUCAGACACGUCCAAAGGGUGCUCCCGGUCCAAGAUGUUUGCCUUCGGCAGCGGCACUCUACAGGGCCAUCUGCUGGCCGGAGAGGAGCGGUUCUCGGUACAGGUGGACGAGGAGGAGAGGGUGUGGUACGAGGUGCUUUCUUUCUCGAAGCCGGCGCACGUCCUGGCGACGCUGUGCUACCCGUAUGUGCAGCUGAGGCAGAAGCAUUUCGCGCAGCAGUCGGGACAGGCGCUCGUCAGGCAUGUGUCCACCUGCUCUUCCAAGCAGAAGCAGUAGUAGAGCUUUGUGGAGAUGCACUGCACAGAGAAUGCUGUAUGUAUUCCCCCUUUGAAUUCUAUUCCGACAUGGCCUGGUUUGGCGGCGCUGGGGCCUGGGUGGGAUGAUAUAUGUUCGGGCAUUCCGAGUGGAGUUUGCCCAUCCCAUAUUUUAAUUUCUUCAUGAUGGUGGUGGAUCUGUUGCAGCUGAAUGAAUUAAGACAGGAAGAUAUAUAAAAUUCAUGCGCACACAGAAUGAACACGAGAUGAGAAUCGAGAAGGUGCAGUGAAUGAUUUA